GGCGGUUUGUUUCCUGUUGCCGGACUCCUUGCCAGCUUCCAGCAACGUGCUGAUGCAGUUGCUUGGUGCAAGCGCCCACUUGCCAAAGGCAAGAUGGGCGGCGGAGUCAGUGGCGGAACGCGGACACAAUUAGCUGGAACUUUCUUGGCAGAGCAGACGCAUUAUCAGCCGCCAAAGUACACCCUCGUGAGCGUGUCCUCUGCCUUGGGGCCCGAUGGCUGCCCCAGGCACGUGCCCAGCAGCGCAGGCACUCCUAGUGCCGGGCGAUUGCGACCGUCGGGUGGACCUGCAUCAGUGACGGUCAUCCCGGCGCUGGCAGACAUGGAGCCGCUUUUGCAGGACAAUGAAAGGCGCGCAAAGGAGCGGAUUGGUGAAGCUGCCAGUCAUCCCGCCGAAGUAGAACGAGGAGUUGAGGAGGAUGAGAGGCGACGUGGAAGGCCGGGGGACCGCGAGGCGCAAGCCUCGGAGGCUUUCAACCGGCUGUGCUCUGGCGGGCAGCGGCCCUGGGUGGCCAGCAGGACAGAGGCGGAGCUUUUCGCAUAUUUGGCCCAGCGAGGGAAAGACCCCAGCAUGGCCCAGCUCGCUGAUGACUCGCUCAAGGCAGAGUCUAGCAGCUUCGAGAUGUCCGGCAGCCGGUCAAAGGUAAAGCAGAAGCAUGCGAGCCACUCUGAGCUCUUUGACUCCUGCCUUCGCCAGGACCAGCCUCGUCCACAGAGCAUGUCCUCGAAUCGUGCAGUGUUCUGGAGCUCACUGCCAAGUGCGCUGGGAGCAAGUCAUGGCUCGCCAAAGAGCCCGACGAAGAGGAGGCAAGCUUCACCGAAGUCUCGGGAGCGUGUAGUUGACAGACUGUGGGGUGACCACUUGCGGCGGAAAGACCGAGCAGAGGCGCGAAUGGCACUGGCAGGGGUGCCAUGGAACCAAUCCAAGAUGGACGAGAUUUCCACUAUGGCGCCGAGCUCCUUGCAGAACUCGCGAUUCUCGGAGCUCAUCGAGGACCUCCGCGUCAAAGACAUCUCGGUGCUGCCAGAGGACCCAGUGGAGUCCUUUCUUCAGCGGUCAAAGAGGGAUGACAGUCCAAAGUUUGAGCUCGCCAAAAAGCAUUCCGGCCGUCUUGAGGAGGCAGCCAAGUCAAGAAAGCUGAAGGUCUUGGUCAGAUGAGACGAUGACCAAGAGCGGAGAAGGGCCA